GAUCAUUAAUUUCUCUACGUCCCAGAAUCUAUAUUGAGUUUGACUCGAAGCUUCAUUGUCAAAAUGUCGACUGUAUAUACGUCUCCGUCAGAAAUUGCCGACUUAGUGAAAGGUGUAAAUGAAGCGGCUGCUAGCUUUGACACAGCAGCUGCAGCUCAAGGUGACCUUCAUGUUGCUCGACGAAAGCUGCAGCACGAGGCUAGAAAGCUUCUCAAUUCUUUGGAAGAGCCUAAUGGAGAAGUUUGGCCUCGGAUAUUUCAAGUCAAUGUCAGUGUUUCAAUUGAGAUCGUGUCUCAACUUAAACUAUGGGAGAAGUUCGAAGGAGGAAAGGAAGUUUCCCUGGCGGAAAUUGUGGAGUCCACUGAAGCCGAUGAAAUAAUCAUUAUCCGUAUAUUCCGUCAGCUCACAGCGGCAAACCUGUUUGUGGAAUCCAUGGGCCCUAGAGGCCCAGGUUUCAUUCUCACUUCCCUCGGGAAACCAUAUCUGCACCCCGACCACCGCGCAUUCAACAACUUCGUAUUCUUCGAUCUCAUUCCUUCGAUCAUGGCAAUGCCAAAAACAUUGGCAGAGAAGCAGUACAAAGCGCCCACUAAAGAGACGGGAACACCUUUCAAAUGGGCCUACGGGGAGGAGCUCUGGACCUGGCUAGGCUCCCACCCCGAUCGAGCCCUCAAUAUGGUUGCUGGUAUGACGUCACAUAACGCCCUGGAUGCUUAUCCAUGGGGUGCUGAGCUUGGAAAGUUGGACCUGAAAGAUGAAGACAUUGCGGUUGUGGAUAUUGCUGGGGGCCAAGGGCACAUCAUGGGCGAGGUCCGUCAAAGAAACCCGCAGAUCAAAGGACGGUUUAUUGUUCAAGAUUUACCUUCUACAUUUGAAGCUGUGCCCACUCCACCAACUGGAGUAAAUUUCAUGAAUUAUGACAUCUUCACUCCCCAACCUGUCAAAGACGCCGAUGUCUAUCAUUAUCGCCAUAUUUUCCAUAAUUGGAGUGACGAUGAUUGCACCACCAUUCUCGGGCAAAUUGUGCCAGUGUUAAAAACGCAGCCAAGAAGCAAAUUGCUGUUGGUUGAUGUGGUGUUGCCAGACUCGAACGGGACAAUGCAAGAGGCAAUUAUGGAUAUCACGAUGUUUCCAAUGGGGGGGAUGGAGAGGACUGAAAGUCAGUGGAGGAAACUACUUGCAAGGAGUGGCUUGGGAAUCAAGAAGAUCUGGAGAGGGAGCGAACCAGAGGCCUGUAUCGAGUGUCAGAUAGAUUAGGGGCAUACAAUUGUGAAUGAUGAAUUAUCUCGGCA